GGAUUGAGUGCAGAUCAUUGUUAUCAAACCAUUCGAUGAGAAAAGCAGACAUACAUGUUAGGUAUUAACGUCUUGUAGUCAAAUUACUUCACAACAGUAAUUGUGAAUGUGCACUGAGGUUUACUGGUUUGAGACUUCGUGAAACGAAAUGUCAUGGUGUGGAACCAAAAUCUAAUAUUAUAUUAAUCCCAUCCCCUAAGGUACCGCGGGCGCAACUUGCCUGCAGCAAUGCUGAUGUAGUGGGUGUUGUUGUCACAUAUCAUUGGAAUUAAAAGCAGACAGAAGGCAUCUGGGUGGUAAGUUAGAGGAGUGCUAAAUUAUUGAUCGACGUGGUUUCUUGCGUUUUGAUUUUCUACGGUAGAAAAAUGUUUACUUUUGUUUUAUUGUAUUAACUGGCAGCUUGCUCAGUGCCUCGACAGCAAUCGCUAAACGUUUUUUCCGGAAUAAAUCUGUCCUGUCGAGUUUGGUGAUUUUUUUCUAUAUUCGUUCUGUUAUCGGUCUCAGUGAAUUCCACUGAGGACGAAUGUUUUGGUCGUCGAAGGGGAGUAUUUCUUCUACGAUGUUUCUCAAGCAUGUUAUGGUAAUUUGAAUUAUAAAAUUGUUUUUUUGUGAAAUGGAUGCGUAAAAUUCGUGAUAUAAUAACGAACACUGACCGCUUUAAGCUUUCUGAUAAGCGUUGACAUAUUAUUAAGUUCACCUUUUGCACCCUAACAUCAGUAUGAAUAUUAUCCACACUCUUCUCGUGUGGUAUUCUAUCUGUGUCUUUAUUCUAUUCUCGUGUGUCUCUAUUUACAUAGAGAAUAUUACAAACAAUCAAGAGCUCCGUUAGGUAGCGAUAAUGUUUGAUCCGUCGGUGAUCUGUACGGAGAAAUUAGAUGGCAAUCACACCGAGGGGUUGAAGAGUUAAGCAGUGAGGCUGGAAACGUCUGAGCGCUCGAAACGCUAAUUUUUCUCUGCCAAUUGAAAUGAACCGGGUUCGCAAUCUUGAGGAGGUGUUGCGUGACGCCAGGCUACCGGGAGUCAUUGAGAUAACUGUACUCUGUUUAUCAUAUGUAAUUCAAGGUAGAGAUCAGUUGAACAAGAUUUAAAGAAAAAGUUAACUUUAUAACUGAUCUACUCUACAGAUAAAUUGAAUGAUGCUGAGGCUUUCGUUUCGGAGAAUCAAAUUAUUCCAUAAUGAAUUUCCUCUUGAGAAGCAGCUCAAUUUGACAAAGAGAUGUCUUAGUGAUCAUGUCAGCGGUAAUAAUUCAGGACAAGAAAUUCAGGUAAUUUUAUUUAUUUUUAUUUAUUGCAAUUCUUGGCAUAUACAAUGCAAAACUAAAUAAAACUAAGCUAAAAUAAUUAUAAAUGAUAGAUAUUACAGCCAAUGGAUAAUCCGUGAAGAAUUCAUAGACCCCAUACAAAGACGGAUCACCAUAAUAAAAAUAUAUAUAUAUAUAAAUAAAAACUAUAUAAAAAAUAAGACUAUGAAUAAUUAGAUGAAUAGAUGAAAUACUCCUGAAAAACUGAGUCAGAAUUUAAAUGGAAUGUAGAUCUAUGAUGUAAAAAUAUCUAUAGAUUAUCCAAUAAAAGAGAUAUUUGAAGUAUCUCUGUCUGACAAACAUAUGUAACAUCCAGAAAACAGGACAGACAGAAAUAAUCAGAUCAAAGUACUCAUAACUCUAAUAGAAAUUUCUUAGCUCUAGUUGCUCUCCUCUGUACUCUUUCCAGUUUUUCAAUAUUCUUUUUAGUGUGCUGUGACCACAAGUAAGAUGCAGGGAGUGAAAUCGUGACGUGAGUUUCUUCCCCAAUGAACUGGAGAAAGGAUAGAUUUGAAAAACCUGAAUCUGCAGCAACUCUAAGCCAAUAUUGCGUGGUUACAUAUCGACUAAAAAAGUUGCAAAGGGCUUCGAAUGUUCCUACCGCUCGCCAACAUAUUCUUGAAUUAGUACAUGUAAUCUAUAAGAAAGAGGCUUUCCUCCUGUAUUUUUUUAGAGAUUUGGUCUUCUGACUCGUCUUGCCCUACUCAAGCAAAACCAUCGCAUGUAAAUGGCUACUAAAACGUUCCAUCCUUUCCAGCUUGCACCAUAAGUUGACUUGGACGCAUCAGUGAAAUAGUUUCACCCGUUUUCGGUUGUCACAAAAUCUCAGGAUUGAACAGAAUUGAUCAAACUCGAGAGCAAUUUCCAAGAAGUUGGAGAACAGAGGCUCUACGUUUGGCAGGUUGCAAUAGUUGCAAUAGUCGUUAUGUGAGCUCUUAGCAAAUUGACCAAACGAAUUAUGUACAAGCGUUCUGUAGCCACUAAGCAUGCGGUUAAGAUUGGGUCGAGUAUAUUCGCUGUUCUGGCUUCAAACCAUUCAGACAUCCUCCAAUGGCCUUGUUAUUCUCAACUCCUUCAUAUGACUUCCUCGGUGAAAUCGGUGACCACUUUUAAUUAAAUCCUCAACUCAUUUGAAACUAUUUUUUUCCACUCUGAACGAAGUCCUGCUCUCGGAGUGCCCUUGGACAUAUUUUAAUAACUGCUGAGGUAAUUAAUAUGUGUUGAUAUCUUAAUUGGUAUACUUGCCGUUAAUUUUCAUCCUGCAUAAUUUUUUUUGUCUCAAUUGUUUUCACAUACUUUAUGUCUAUUUUGUUCGUCGAGCGUUUCUCGCUUAUCCAUAAGCACCGGCUCAGGAGUCUGGGUUACGUCUCCCUACGUUUCGACAUUCGAUAAAGUUGAUAAUUAUCAUUUAUUUGUUAAGCAAGUACCCUUCCUCCCCGGUUAAAAAAACUUCAGGUUCCUCACAAAGGAAGUUAUCGUCUCGAAGACUGCGACAAUAGAAGAGAAUGGGUUGAACAAGUUACUUCCGCUUCUCUAUCAAACGUUGGACAGUGGUGGAAUCCUAAACUAUCCCAGGGGUAUACAACUGAAAAUCUCAAAGGGAACAUAGAAAAUCCGAUAGGACUCGCUAAGAUUCCCCAAGGUGUAGCUGGGCCCUUGCUCAUCAAAGGAGAUCAUGUGCACAAUGAAAUGAUUCUAUGUCCUAUCGCCACAACCGAAGGGGCGAUCGUUGCCUCUACGUCAAGGGGUGCCAAGGCCAUCACAAGGUAAGUUGUGUGACCAGCUACCCAGACAUUUAACGGGAGUAAGGCUGAAGGUUACAUCAUAAUACAAACCUUGCUACUUUUCAUUUGUAUUUUUCGGUGUUAUUACAGUAACUAUCUUCUCGUGUCUAUCUUAAUGAGGUCGAUCUCAGCCUCGCUAUUGUUUAUAAGUCUGACAAGCAAGCAAUAGCAAGCAGCAAAAGGAGUUUCAAAUGCAACGAGGCAGGGUGAGGGGAGAAAAUUUGCGACGUAGAUCCUUUGUGGAGGAAACGCAACAUUUGUAAUUACUUCCUGCUACAGAAAUCGGGAUGAGCUCUGCUAGGCAACUAUGUAAAUUAUUCUCAUACAUUAUCGCCCACAAUGCCUAUUUUACCAGAGGAAAUUUCCGUUUACAUUCUUCCCGAUGUAAACCAUCCAUUACCUACCUAUACUGAAGGCUGUCUUCGUACACCUAUUCUGUUUACUUACAGGUGCGGUGGGGUCUCCACACGUGUCAUAAAGCGCAGGAUCCAAAGAGUACCAUAUUUUGUGACAGAUUCCAUGCAACAAGCCCAGAAAUUAUCACAUUGGCUUCUGUCUCAUUUUGAUGAACUGAAAGCCAAAGCAGGGGAGGUCAGCCAACACUGCAAGCUUCAGUCUCUGCAGCCCUGGUUUAUUGGUUGGUAGUACUAUGACAUUUUUUAAUUUCUUAGUUGUACAAAAUCUAAAUGAUGAUGGCUUAUUAUCUGAUGUUUAUUAUACCUUUUAUUUUGUAAUUUCAUCUACAAGCCAAUCAUCACCGGCAUAUGAAGAAGUAGCUUAAAGGGGGGGAAAUUCGGGAAAUAAAGUUUGUCUCUGCGAAAUAUGUCUUUGUUUUGCUAAGGACAGUUUUAAGCUUUAAGAAUUUUAAUUUGCACCGUUAUCGAUGGACAAGGAAAAAUUACGACUGCCUAGGUUCGAACCUCUCGUGAUUCCGAUGUAACGGUUUGAUGCUCUCAUGGAUCAGCUGAGGUAUGAUGAAGAUCUAAGUUUGUGAGAUAAGCCUCAUGUCAGUUUCAUUUGUGAAAAACGAACUGUUUGGAUAGUUUUUAAUAUUUUUAUGAAGUUAGUACCGUAAUGCUGUCAAAAAGUGAAACAUUCUGAAAAUUUUAGGUCGCAACGUCAUGAUGGAAUUUGUCUACGAUUCUGCUGAUGCCGCUGGCCAAAACGCUGUCACCGUUACCACUUGGUACGCUUGUGACUGGGCCAAAGAGAGGAUCGCCCAAGAGUGCCCUGAUAUCAAUAUCAGGGAAUAUUACAUUGAAACUAAGUUCAGUGGCGAUAAAAAUAACAUUCCCAAAAACUAUGUCACUGGGCGGGGAAUUGAAGUUCAGGCCGAAACUUAUAUUACCGAGUCAACCCUUAAAAGUGUUUUGAAAGUAAGUGAAUGUGAUGGUUUGACGAUUCUGUAUGUCUCGUGAAUAUGAAAGAUUCAAUCACAUGAAAAUGCAUAGCCUUUUCUCGUGUCAAAGGGUCCCAGUUACGCUUCACGAGCAAAGCAUAAAGGAAUAUCCUUCAGCUUUCAGCUUGUUUCGUGUCCUAAUACCCUAAAUUCUGUCUGGAACACCAGAAGGAUGCUACUUAAGGAAUGAUGAGGUUUUUAACUCAUUUCAAGAUAUGACCGUUCACAGACCUUUUCGCUGAUGAUGUGAACACCUGUCUGAGUAUAGUUCGUACUUACAGGACACCAUUUAUGUUACUUUCUCUAAUACCUUUUUGCGCACAUCAGAUUGACUCCAAGAAGUUGGUUAAAGCCUUUAAUGCUCUUGCAUUGAGUGCGCAGAGGUCUGGGUCCUGUGGUAUUAAUCAAGUUGUAAGCAACACUUUGGCGGCCAUAUUUACUGCAACUGGGCAGGAUAUUGCCUGUGUUCAUGAGAGUUCUUGGUCUGUGUUUGAGAUAUCAGCGGAAGAAGAAAUAAGGAUUCAGGCAACUGAGCACCGUAAGAGAAGAGGAUUGUCUUUGUAUAGUUUUGAUCACAAACAACCCGUAAACACAUUUAUUGGUAACACGCAAUUUUUUGAUCAACACUGGACAGUGGACCCUAUAACUAAGUGAUGUACCUUUUUAAUUUGAUUGAGAUGGAGACCAACCUUUGUUAUUUUAGGGAAUGCUGGAAUGAAAAGUGAAGCUGGUAUCUAUGCGUGUCUCGUUCUCCCCACCCUGUUAAUUGGAACAGUGGGAGGUGGAACAUACACACCGACCGCCAAAGAAUCGCUGAAUAUGCUAGGAUGCUUAGGAAAGGUGAUAAGGAGGCUGUUGACUUUUUUAUCUCAUGCAUUUUAAUAGUAAAACGAUUAGGCAUUAACCCUAAAACCUGCACAGAUUUUCGGCGUAAACUACUGAGAUAUUUCGUAGGCGCCAUGUGAUUUUGAGAGUAUUUUCCAAUGUACACGGUUCUUUCGCCAUCACAAUCGCGCUGUAAAUUUCUGAGCACUUUUUCAGAACAUUUCCCCAUAAAGUACAAGUAAACUUGAUGUAUCUAUAUUUGCAUUACCAAAUAUUAUGUCAAUGUAUUUUUCCAUCUUUCAGGGUCGCAUUUAUCGCUUUGCAGAAAUAAUCGCGUCAUUUGCGCUAGCGAUGGAAAUAUCUGCGUUGUCAGCAAUAGCCAGUGAUCAGUUUGCAAGUGCGCAUGAUCGACUUGGAAGGAACAGACCGGAAUAAACGUGUCAACACAACCUUCUGCCUUGCUAUCUCCUUUUUGAUUACUGCAUCAACCAAAACAGUGAUUCUUGUGACGGAUAGCAAAUUAUUUUCAACAAGCCAAAGUGAUGUACUGAAG